CACCACGCAUCAGCAUACCAACCAAUCCAAGCUCUAUAAUACCUUGCCAACCAUAAUAAUGUCGUCGACUUACAACCACCCUCAGCCGGUCGACCUCGGCGGCAACGUCCAGACCGACGCUUCGGCAACAACGAUCAAGCCCGUCGAAGGCGCUCCUCAGGACGCUACUCAUGCGCCGAUGACCGUCAUCGUCGAUCCUAAUGCCAAACCCGAGAAGAUGAGCUUCAAGGAACAGAUGAGGGGAUACGCCAAGAUCUACGCCGGCAAAGCCUUCGGGAACAUGGACGAGGUCGCCCUCGGAAAGGCUCAGUUGGCCGAUCAGCUGCCCGACAGGAAGCUCUAGAAGUUUGUUAUUCGAUGGCUAGAGAGACUCGACCGAGCGAAGGCCGAGUUCGAGUCGAACCAUGUAUCCAUAUCACAAAUAAUUCACCUCGAGAUGACGAAACAAACGAAACACACAAGCUCGUAAUAUGUAUAAAGUGACAGCGCUACAAACAAUGUGAAAUGACAUAGGAGCGAUACAUGAUUC